UAAUAAUAAUUGCAAAUGUCUUAUUCCGCUCAUCCAAAAGGCAUAACUUUCAACCCUGAAACUCUCACUAGGUACAUCCAAGGCCUUCAUCAUGAAAAAAGACAACUCGAAUCUGACAACGUAGAACUAAAGAAACUUGUAGAAGAACUGAUGCUGGAAAUUACUGAGAUGAGGCAACGAAGCAAGAGACUGAAGCGGCAGCGGACUAGCUCAUAUACAUCAGAAAAAUCCUUUAAAAGAACCUCUGUCUCUGGUAGCGUAGGGUCUAAGAGCGUCUCCUUCGUGAGUAAAUCAGACCCAUCUUAUUCAGUCAUUGAUGAUGAUACUUCACAAAAAGUUGAAGAGAGCACUCCAGAAAUUGACAAGGAACUCACCAUUGUUAAGGAAUGAACCUUUGAUGACACAACCGAAGGAAAUAAAGAUACACAAGAUUUUACAAGAGCAGAUUCUCACUCAAAAGAAUACAAGAAGAGCCAAGAAAAUUUUAACUGAAAAUCAAGUCAUAAAUUGCGUCAAAAAGGCCGAAGUUUUUCGACUGGGGAAGACUCUGUAACCAAGCCUAGGAAGAUAGUCACUCAAAAUCAUUUAAUAUCCCACCAUGUAGAGGCGAAUCCAGAACGAAGCGAAGUUACUUUUGGUGCAAAUUCAGUUGCGAGCUCACAUAGAAGGUCGGAUAGAACAGACUUUAUGUUCCUCAAUCCUGAAGACAAAUGGGUAGACAAGAUGCAAUUUUCUAAAAAAUUUAAUUAUGAGCAAGACAGUCCUUGCAAUCUGAACCUUAAAGGAGAACUGGAAAAUUUCUGAAAACAGAAAAGUAAUAAGUCUUCAUCAAUUGAUUAUCAAGAAAAUGAUUAUGUUCCGGUCCAUAGUGUUAAGAACAGUCAAAAAUCGCAAGAUAGAUCAUUUAGGUCAGAAAGAAGAAGUAACGAAGAAUACAAAGAAGAGCCUAGUUCAGUACCUUAUACAUCUUCUGAUCUCUACUUGAAGACAAGCGAAGGUAGGGAGAGCCAACACUCUGAGAAUCUCUCUGGAUGUAGCGAUACUGAAAGCAUAGUCGGAACGAAAAUAAUUCCUGAUAUGGGCUUUAUUGCAAACAAAUUUGAGCAGUCACGCUCUUUCUGUUAUAAUUAUAGUAGGUAAGUUUAUUUCUUUGUUAUAUAUUACAGAAGACAGACUGCCAGAAGUAUCAAAAACAUGUAUAAUGUCACUUCAAAAAGACCAAGCUAUAAUUUCGAUGAUAAACCGGAAGAACAUGAGACAGAAGGUCAUGAGUUCUUUCAAAAGUAUCUUACCGAAAGAUUUUCGUAGCAGCUCAGAUGAUAUUUAUGAUGAGUUUUAGUUUCAAUUUGUACUUUUGA